UGGGAUAGGCUCUAGCAUGCCCCCGCGACCCUAAUGAGGAGAAGCGGUAUAGAAAAUGGAUGGAGGUAAAGAAAGUUUGAAAAAAAUUAUAAUACAAGAGUGGCCCCCGCAUCCCUUAUUUUUCUUGAUGUGGCCCUUGGUGGAAAAUGUUCGUAUCCCUGAAUUGCAUUGUUACUGUUUGACAGAUGUCCUACUAAAUGAAUGUAAAACAUUCUUGCCUUUUAAGCAAAAUUAACUAAUUAAUUAGUGUUAUAAGAAUGUAUUAUUAGAAUGUUUUUUGUUUGUUUAAUAAUAAUAUACACUAAUAUAAUACUACUGUACUGUAUACAUUCUGUUUUUUGAACAUGAACAUACUAUUACAUUUCAAGGAGUUUCAAGGAGUCAUCUUUAUCACUGCUUACAGUGAGAAGAGUCAUGUUGGUAUAUUUUAAUACUCAACUUGGCUUUUUAUUGCCCAUUUGUGUCAUAAAUGGUCCAUUCAGAGAUAGCAUACAGUAUGUUCCGCUGUAGAUCACGUCUUUAAUUGGAGCAAUUGCAGUUGCUGUAAAAAUGCUACAUGUUACCUUCAUUCUGAUUCCUGCUUUAACUACACUUGCAACAAAAGCUGUUAAGACUCUGCAUUCCUUGGUUUUUUAACCUUUGGGUGCAUCUUGAUUAGACACUUUUAAAUUGUGUUUUGCCAUACAUUGUGUUUGGGAUACACCCACUUUAACCAUUUCCUGUGCUUAUUGCUUUGGGCCCCUUUAGCGCUUUUGUUUGUUUAAAAAUGUACAUUUGCAGUUUGGCGUGCAGAAACAACAACACAGACUGGCUGAUGGCUGACAUGAAGCAGGCCUGCUUUUAAGCCCAGUGUGCUGGGAGAGCUCUGUCAUUGGCGAGUGGUCGGACUCAAAGUCAUGACGCUUUUGUAACCAAACAAUAACAUGGCAGGAACUGCAGGAAGCACGGCGCACACAUAGAGCCCAUACUGCGCCUGUUGUGUGAUUGUCAGGACAAUAUAGGGAAGUUGUCUACUUUACAUUUAGAUUAGAACAUAAGACCUCUGACGUCUUUAUCAAUGAACUUGAUCUGUCAAUGCUUCUGCGCGUGACAGAGCUGUUGUGUUUGCCUAAGGGCUUUUGCCUCACACAUGUGUGUGAUGAAAGUUUAAGCGGUGAGUCGUGGACCUUUCUAAGCAAAUGUUGCUGCAUCUUGUGGGCACUCAAGCUGAGGAAGGAAGCUGCACGCCCGUCACCAUCUGCUUUCAUCAGAAGUGCAUUUUCCUUUGCCAUUUCUGCACCUGAGGAUGGCGAGAAGCAGGUGUUGAAUAGUCUCAGUCCUUUUUAGGCAGGCCUUAUUACAUUUAAUACUUUUCAUAAUGUCCUUGCCGCACAAACCAGCAAAAACUGAAUACGCUGUAAUAUGCAUGCCAAGCCAGUUGUUGUAUGACGCAGUUUAUAUGCUUGGUAAUUCAUUGGCAUUUAAACUGUACUGUGAUAUCCAACCAAUUGUGUGCACAUAUUGUAAUAAUCCCUGCGGAUUCAAACAAGUGUACAGCGGAACCUUGGUUUUCAGUAUUAAUUUGUUCUAAAAGGUCAGACAAAAAUCGAAACGUAUGAAAACAAUUCAAUAUCAUGAAGAUAUUAAAGAUUGAAUAAAAUCUCUUUGUGUAGACAAUUCAGUUCACAUCUAGAUACACAGGUUACUGUAUGAAAAAACGAUAUAUUUUAAAAACAGAAUGAUUCGAUACAAUUGUACUGUUAACAUUUGUUGAUGUAGGCAUUAAUCUUACACCAUAAAAUAAAGAUGGCAAUUCUAUAAAAGUGGCGUUCUUACAGUAUUUUCAAAUGUGUAAAGGACCACAUCCUAUUCCCAAGCUUGCUUUAAGGCACUGGCAAAAAUGAAGCCGAAAGACGAGCAACAACAGAACAACAUGUCAAAUGUGUUUGCUGAAUGCAAUUGCUGAAUCUUUUGGUUUGAUGGGAUCAGUGAAAAAAACAGACGUCUUAGCCUUCAGUCCAAUCGAUGAUAAGAAAUAAAUAAAUAGCGCAAAGCCCCUCAGAUAAUGACAAACGUCUUCAAAAGUGGCAAAAAUAUGUCUAAGCAAAGAUAAGUAAAUAGCAUUAUUUGCCACAUGGGAGCAAUGAAAAUGCUCUGUUAGAUUUUAAAAGUAAACAAUCCCAUACUCAAAUUGUCAUAACAAUAGUAAUUGUGCAACAUUUCAGCCUGAGUGACACUGCAGGUAGGUAACAAAGGUGCAACAUUUCAAAGUAAACAAGUUACAAACCAAAAAAAGUAAAAAGUGUGUACUUGUCUCAUCUCUGUUGGCCUCGCUGGUCGAGAUCUGUUGUGCUGCCAGUGGACUUCAGAGCUGCUCUGCAUAGUUACAAACGGCAUGACUUUUGUUGACUUUUCCGUCUCGUAAAAUCCGAAGACGUUCCAAACUUUAGAUUUUUGUUUUGCUGAUGUGUUGAAAAUCUUUUGCUGUGACUAGCUAGCGCUAUCGCGCUGGUACUAUUUACAUCCAUUCUCGUCUUCAGUCAUGGUAAGCUACGGAGCACGCGCGGCAAUCCUUUCGCCGGCAGCCCAGGUGUUGUUUAGGAGAUGCACUGUCAACCGAUUGCUUGACUCAAGAUACCCCUUGCAAAUCUCUACAAUCGAUUAAUCUAAGGAUUUAUAGCUGGUUCUUUGGCCCCAUGGUGAGUUACUUAUGUGCGUAUGGUGCUUUGUUUGGGCACUUGAUUUUGCGGAACCAUGCAGUACAGGGCAAAACAAAGUAGUUUGUUUAAUGUAAUAUUGUAUGAAAACUGAUAGCCAAGUUUUUGCGAAAAUUUGCAACAAAAACCGAGGUUUGACUGUACUCACAAGUUAGUUUAUUCACUGAUCAAAUAGAGUUGGCUGCAUUCAUUUUUAAAUGGAUGGAGUUCUUUUUUUCCCCCACUAUCCGACAUCCUGUUUCUGAUCCAGAGCGAGAUAACACAUCAGACCAAAUGAACAUGUCUUCAGUCUGGACACACUGAUGGAACAGAUCUGCAGCUGCAGUCUUCCUGCCCUUGUAUUGUCAGAUAUUUAAAGAGAAGCGCUUAAAACGAAUAGUGUAAUACAACCAAUACAAUCUUUAGUAUCUCCUGUGUGACAUACUGCACAGUUAUACAAUUAUACUGUACUUGUAUUGCAAUGACUGCAUGACAAAGUUAUCACCUCUCUACAAAAUACCAUGUGGCAAGAUUAAACGUGUCCUACUACAGUAUGUAUUUACGGGUUUAUUACUGUAUGUCAAACUAUCAAAAGGUCAUUAAAACAAAUGGUGGCCCAAAACUUUUGCACAGUACUGGAGAUGACCAAAAAGACAAUGGGAAAUACAAACAUGAGACACUGGUAGUAACAGUUAUAGCGUAUUGCUGGCAGUGAUAAGGCCCACAGGAUGGCACAAGUAGCCUUAUCGCGCUCCACCAAGCUGGAGGACGUCCGCUAUCACUGGCAGAGGAAAGACUCACCCUCUUAUCUCCCCUUUUUACUCCGCCCACUUCAGGUGGUCCCCCUUGUCUUUCAACGCAACUAACCCUGCGGGGACGCGGCAGCAGCCAGACGCCCGCUUUAGUUUUUCUUCACCUUGCUGUCUCUUUGGUCCAACUUGUGGAUGUGACGAUGAGCGAUGGAAGUGUUUUGGCACGUGGAAACGUUAGAGAAAUUCAACCUCAAGUGUUUAUUUUCACCGAGUGCGGGCUUUUUAUCACACGGAAAGGCAGUUAAUUUUAACACAAUGGUAGCGUGUGUAAUAGGAAGUCUUAGAAAAAUGAAAACAUAUUCGGUUCAAGUAGCACAGUCAGACUAUCGCUUGGUGUUUGGAUGUUCCACUUCCACGUACUGUAUUUCUUUUUCCUUCAACACACUGAUUCCAGACCCCUCUCCUUUAAAGCAACAAUAAGAAACAAUGUGAAAUCAUUGCGGUGCUGCACUGGUUUGGAAGGUGUAGGAGAGUGGCUGUUGUUCCCAGGGCAACCUCAGAUGUAAAAUAUUAGUGGACCAGCCAGGUCACUUCUCAUGUUGCAUUAGCAUUGGCACUUAACCCUUCAUGAAAUAGUUAGGAAGUCAAAAUGUUUAACCCUGGAAACUUAAUAGGACUUUUUAAAUCAUUACAAGCAUACAAAGAUGGCAUUACUUGUCUGCCGUGGCAACCCCGGACUACUUCAAUGUGUAUAAAUUAAUUAAUAACUCACUGAAUUUCUGAGGAAUACAUUUUGAACUUUAAUGUAAUUAAUUACAUUAAUAAAAUAUGCUUUUAAAUAAAAAUAUACUUUUCUACCUAUUGAUUUCGAUUAUCAUGUAUAAUAUUUAUAUUUAAUAAAUAUAUAAUACAUGUACAAUUAUUUUGGGUAUAUUUAUCAUGACUACAAAUUUGAUAACUAUGAUAACACAUUCCUAUUAAAACAUUAGAGGUGUAAAAAUAAAUAUUUAUGCUUCUGCACUGGAGGGGGAGCCGUGGAGCAAACUGCUUUAUGACAAAAAGAGUGAUUCCCAACCUCUGCGUGGUUGCACAUAAGUGGAAAUGAUCCAAACUCAUUUCAUUGGGUUGAAAAGUGUUAUUAUUUACUAGAAAUAAUGUGUCUUUGUUCAGCUAAUAUCCCAGCGACGGGCACAAUGAAAUGGUCUUCCACUAGAUGGCAGAAGGUACAUAAUUAGCCUGUGUAGCCACUUGUUACCAUUCAUACAACAACAAUACGUCAUGCUCGGUGGUAAGGGUACACACGACGUUUUUUUAUUCGAUGCAACAUAUUAACUAAUCUGUGAGGUGCACUUGCAAGAGGCGGGACACCAAGAAGCGACGUUGCUGUUUUCGCAGCUCCACUGCUGCUUCAGCUCGGGGCAGUUGCUGUACUGGUCAGUGUAAGGACAGGGGUUGGCUGAGGGCGUGAUAUAGAAAUGAAGUGAUAUGUUAAUCGAAUAGCAGGACGAACACCAAACAAGACAAUGAUACAAGAUGGAACACACUGUAGGAGCACCGUGGCACAAUUAUCCGUGCCAGCCUCAGCUUUGUGUUAUUAGUGUGUUCUAGAGCACAGGCUGCUGCUACUUACUGCACAAUUUGUUCUCACAGGCGUUGGGGCAGUCGGCACAGGAGGGUCCUGACUUGUAGGGACGAGCGUACUGGUAAUUUCCACUAAAAUGUAGGUCACAACAUCAAAUAUUUACUGCGUAAAAGACUCACUCUCUGGCUAUCAGCCCAAACAUGUAACAGAUAUGCAGCAGUUACUAUUUCAUGACUAUAAGGAGAUGGUUUGUACUUGUUACUGCAACUAUUGCCUCAUUUUUACAACUGAAUUUCAAGUAAGCUGAACAUUAUACAUUGCAUUGGACCCAUUCAUUAAUUUCAUGACCAAUGUAUUAAUUUCAUGAUUUUAGGGCCAAUUUAUUUUGAGAGACAUGGAUUUAUUCAUUGUGGGCGUAGCUUCCAUUGCAGUUCAACCAAUUACAUCAAUUAUCCCGCACACCACGUCAUGUUGGGUGACUGACGGAGUAAUUGAGUUCGUUUCAAAUAAUUAGAUUCACUGUUUUGCGUUGUUAUGAAGUAAAAGAAAUAAAUAAGAAGGGUCAUUAAAUUAAUAAAUCAGUCAUGAAAUCAAGUGGUUGGGAAUACAUUUAAACCGUCAAUAUAUAUAUAUAUAUAAAAAAUACUAAAUUGGUUGUGAUAAAAACUGCCAUGAAAUUUUAAAAAAUGCAUAGAUUGGUCAUUAAAUGAAUAAAGUGCUCAUGAGAUACAUGAAUGAAUACAAUUAUUUUGCAUUUAUUUUGUUAUUCAAAAAAUAUGCAAUUUAAUAAUUUACUGGACAUUUUAUUAACUAAUUCUUUUUUUUGAUGCUUUAUUUAAUUACUGUAUACAUUUUUUCAGUAUAUGCAAUAGUUCAAAUAUAGCAUAAAAAUGAAAUGAUCUAAAAAAUAGUUAGAGUAAAGCUAAUCAUAUUUGUGUCCACUUAUGGAUAAGACGAGAAGUAUUUUUUUGUACUUACGGUGGGCAGUAGUGGCAGACGUAGAAGUACUUAUAGCGUGAGUUGGGACAGUGGGCCAUAGCGCACCCAAUCUGGUUGGACCUGUACCAAACAAUCUGGGUAUGGGGAAAGAAACACGUUUGAUAUGAAAUAAUAAUAUUUCAUUUGAAACAUUAUUAUUAGUUUGGUUUGACACUGUACCUGCGUGAAGUGUCCAACUACGCCUCCGUUGACCGAUCCCAUUCCGUAGCGCCAGUCCUUGACCUCGUCAUACCACGACUGGAUAGCGUUGCUCCAGGUGUUCUUGUGGCUGGCCAUGUACAAGUUCUCUCCACAGCCGCUAGCUGCAGCACAAAAGAAUAAAAAAUAAUGUUUUAUGUGGUUAAGUGAUUUUUAUGCUAGAAUGACUGCUGUGAAAUGCAUGUAUAGUCAAUGUAGGUUUUAUGCUGGUAACAGUUUGACCCUGGAACUGAUUAUUUCCUGUAGGAAAAUUGCAGCAAAGAUUGUAUUGGACUGUGAGAGGUUCCACUGUAAGGUUUUGGCUAAAAAAGCCACUUACUGCUGAUCUCUCUGGCGCUGGGCGGGCUGUGCUUCAUGGAACAGGUGUUGGCCCACUUCUGAGCGUUGGCUGCAGCCUCUCCGUUCCAACUCUGGAAGAGCGACAAUUUCACUUCAGAAUUUGUGCAUUUAUUGUGAAAAUUCCUCAAGCAUUCCUUGAUCUAUAUAUGUGUAUACAGUAUAUAUACCAUUUUCAGCAUGUUGCUGGCAGAGGGACUCACACCUCUCCUCAGAGCGUUGUGCUUGUUCACGAUUUCACGCUGUUCCGAGGACGAGGCCAGGACGCUUUCUAACAUCACAAAGGAACAAAACUGUUCAGGUGUGUGUGAAUGAAAUUGUAGAAGAUCAGUGAUAACUGCACUCACCCUCCUUUAAGAUGAUCAAUCAUGGGAGAGGAAACACACACGAAAGCAUUAAAUACACAACAAAUUGCUGACAGCGACUGUUGAGCCAUGUUGUCAUUGUACUUACAGCCAACAACUCCACAUCAGUCUCCGAGUCGGCCAACACCUGAAGGGCGGCACAGAGACCCAAGGCGCACAGGAAGGUAAAAAGGAACGAGUUCAUUGCGAAACUUUGGACUGACGCCUCCUGAGAAGCACAGGUUGGAGGGAACGUCAUCGUCCAUAUAGGAAACAUUUUCUUCGUCGUCGUCGUCGGGAGACAAAGGUGGGCGGGCGAGAGGAAGCCAUAAGAUGAAGAAACGCUAUGUGGACGCGAGCAGGCUGCGAAAGAUGAAGAAGCUGAAAAUAAGCGAGAGGCUGUCGGAAAGCGCCUACACCUUCCUGAAGUUUAUGGCCAUGUGGAUGUUAGUGCUGCUGGCGGAUUUCAUCCUGGAAUUCCGGCUGGAGUACCUGUGGCCAUGCUGGCUCUUCUUUGGGAGCGUCUACACCACUUUCCACUGCCACGGGCUGGUCAUUUGUGCUGUUUUCGUUUGUGCCGCCUUCACUCUUGACAUCUUUUGUUUGAUUUUUGUUCCUUUGCACUGGCUCUUCUUUGUGGCCAGCACCUACGUCGUGUUCAAUUAUAUUUGGCACACAGAGAAGGGCAUCUGCAUAUCCACGGUGUCCUUGUGGAUUCUUCUUGUGUACACCGAGGCUUCGCUUCGGCUCAAAGACCUUAAAACCUCACACGCCAACCUCUCUCAUCUCUUUGCUGCUCACUGCAUUGGAUAUCCCGUGGUAUAUAUGGGCUUUGAUGCCACCUGCUACUUCACCAACAUCUUCAAGCUGCGCAUUCAGAAAGCCGUGCAGAGUGACAACGACUUCCACAUGCAACUGCUGCAGCACUCGCUCCCGCCAGGCCUGCCGCUUUACCCCAAGAUGGCGACCGACAAUGGCCACUCCAAAUGGAAGUCAAAGUCAGAGUCCAGCCAGUACCAGUUCCAUAAUGGUGCUGUUCUUGCUCAUGAUGACUCCCACACCGUAGACUGUCUCCAGAUUCCUAGUGAGGAGAAACUGACCGAGAAGGCCACACAGGAAGUCAGGUCGGCUGACUUGAAUCGAAAGCCAUUGCUGUCCAAAAACUGCUCAGGCGAGUCCAGAGAGCUGGUCCACAGCGGGUCACCGGGACCAGAAUCCUCCACAACCACAGAGAAACUACCUCAGGAGGAGCAGGGCAACAAAGCCACACGGGCAGUUAAGAACUCCUCGCCAAAGGCCCGUAGGACCAGCACAGCCACGCCUUCACCCCCUGCUGGCAGGACGGAGAAGAAACAGCGACCCAACUGGAAGACAGUCAGCCCAAACCGGGAUGGAGCAGACAAGAACGCCACGGCAGCUCACAAUCAGCACGCUGAGCAGCUAAGCAGGCUGGAGCAGGAAGUGAGGAAGCUGAGGGGCGAGCUGCAGGUGAGCCGACACAGCGAGCAAGAACUACGCAGUCACGUCUGCAACCUGACUAACAGCGAGAGGAGCCUGAGGCCGGAAGUGUCUCUGCUGAGACAGUCCAACAUGCUGCUCCAAAGCAAGAUCCUGUGUUUGACCAAAACCAAGCAGCGGGACAAGCAGACCAGCGCCAUGCUGGAGAAGAAGACGCGAGCCGAGACGGAGGCGAGACUGUCGGCGGAGCGGCAGCUGGCCGAGCUUCAGGCGCACAAAGCGGACGAUGCGGCGAGGAGUCUGACCAGCAGGCAGGACAACACUGAAAGCCAAAUGUUAAGGAAAAGAGUAAAAGAUCUAGAGACAGAGUACAAACAACUACAGCUGGAGUGUCAAGUGAAAGAGAGUCGAGUGGUAGAUCUAGAGAGUGAUGUGGAGGCUUUGGGAAAGUACCGCUGCGUGGAAAAGGACGCGGACGUGCUGCUGUCCACUCUGUCCGUCCUGCAGGAGAAGGCUCAGCAUCUGGAGUACAACCUGAGCGCCGAGACGCGCAUCAAGCUGGACCUGUUCUCAGCGCUGGGAGACGCACGCAGACAGCUGGAGAUCGCACAAGGGAAGCUGAUGAAGCAGGAGAGGGAAAUCAGCGACAUGAAGCAGAAGAUCGCCGAGGUGAUGGCCGUCAGCCCCGCCGUGUCCUACUUGGCUCCUCGGCCCGCCGUGCCGCAGUAUCUCACCAAGCUGCUCACCUCGGAGCGCUACGUGCUCAACCCGCGCGCCCUCAUGUACCAGUGUCUGAAGAAGUAGACGGACGCCACGGGAGGGAGGGGCUUAACGUGGAAGUGACAUCAGCGACCUGAAGCAGCUUCCACGCGGCAGCAGACUUGCCUUCUUUGCUGCGCUACUGGUGCUAACCUCGCAUCGCUCACGACACACCGUUUUUAUUUCAUCGCCCGCGUGCAGUUUUAGCCAGACGACGUGGAAAUCGCACAAACAUUUCACCUUUUCAGAGCAUAGAAACAAUCUGAAGCAGGACACAAACCCAACAUGGAUUCAUUUUGUUGUUUUGGGGGAAAAACACACAUUUUUCAUAACAUCACUAUCCAGAAAAACAAGUAGCUCCACAUUUAGUUGAAACAAAUCAAUUAGUUGAAAUAAAUCCCAGCGAGAAUUACUUUUUUUAUGGGGGGUGGGGGGAACUUUUUUUUUUUACUUUUCGGAAAGAGAAAAAAAUCCUAAACAUCUUCGGGUGCACGGAAAUUCUCUAAAUCUGAUCAGCAAAAAAAACCCAAACAUUUUAGCUGUUUUUUUUUUUUUUUUUUUUAGAUAAAAAGAAAAAAACAAAGAAAUAAUUGGAAAUAUCUGGAGAAAAAAAAAGUUAUUUUUGUUGCUUUUCUGAUAAAACAAAUAAAUAAAUUAAAAUGUUUUGGUUGUGUUUUGGCGAUAACAAAAACAAAUAAGAAAUAAUAAUAAAGAUUAAAAGAAAAACUUGACAAAAUUUGGACAUUUCAAUAUAAGAAAAGUAAGAUGGGAUAUUAGGGUCGCAUUUGAAAAAGAAAUAUUGUAAUAUUACGACUAUUGUUCUCGUAAAUGUACGACUUGACUUUCAUAAAUUUACGAGAAUGAAGUUGUUCAUUCUUCCGAUUUGUUUUUGUUUCUUUUCGGUGUGGCUCGAAUACUCCGUCGUAGGAAAGUCGUCUUUGUUAUCCACAUAAAUCUUGCGAUACAUGUUUUUCAGUCAUUGGAGUCACAACUGGUGUUACACUGAGGCAGCUGAGGUCCAUGACCAAAUGAAUGAAUGAAUGAAUGAAUGAAUGAAUGACGUACCAGUGGUCAUUUUGACCCUGAUUGAUUUUUGAACGCCCUUUGAGCCAAGAUGCUUGCUGUGGCUGAGGCCAAAGGACAUUUUCCCGCAGUGUUUCCUUACGAGGCCGUUAUGUUGUAGUUGUUAUUCCAGCUAUACAAGGCGUAUCUAACCAUCCUCAUUCCGCAAAAUGACCGAAUGAGGACUUCCGUUGACGUGCGGACAAACCGUGGUCCAGCAGCUGAGUGACUGUGCCUGAAGACAUUACUUUCAAACUUGAUGUAAUGUGUUUUGCAAUGAAGUGCUAUGUACUGUUUUUGGACUUUCUUUUCAUUUUUCUACUCACCGUGUACAGAAUUGAUAUUGAAAACACUCCGGAGAAGUGGAAAUGUCGCCAUUUCUUUUUUUUUGUUUUUUUGGUAGCUUUUGAUUUAGAGCGUUGUUUCUAGGAUGUUUUAUAUCCAAAAUAUUUUUUAGUCUCGCUGUACUUUUUAUUAUUAUUAUUAUUAUUAUUAUUAUUGUAAUACCUCUUCUGUCAAUUUUGUCAGCAUGAAAGUGUAAUGGAAGAGCACACAUUGUGACGUUAAAAAGUACAUACAGACGUAUACUCGGACAAGGGCUACUGUUUCUUAAAAUGUGAAUGGAGGAUGUUUUUGUAUAAAUA